CAAGACUCGGGAUAAAUAAUUUGCCCGAAGCCCUACAAAUAAAUCAGCUGGGAUCGAACCCUGAGUCCAUCUGACACACCUGUAUUCUGCUCAAAUCAAAGCCUGUGAGAAGCCUGACUGUGUGGUUUGUGAUAGAGGAGGAGAAACCCAGGUUUGGGAAGGCGUUCCUCAUCUCAGUUCUGCUCUGUGUGUGCGGUUGCGGUGUCCCACCCCUCAUGUAAUCUGCAACCACCUGCCAGGGUUCCUCUAACAGACCGGGCUAUAUUUCCCCAGAAGAGUUUGUCUUUGUAGCCUCCAAGGAUAAUUUCAGCAGGCCACCAUCUCAGGUCAGUUUUGAAUGAUCCCAGAGGCUGUGGCUACCAGUACAUCCAGAUUGCUGUGUCUGUGGGAGAUGCUGUGUCGGCCUGCCCAUCCUGGUAGAGGAGAGAAAAUGGAUGCACCCAGGUAAAUACAGGUCGUCACGCUGCGUUCCUGACCAAACAGGCCAGUACAGAGCUGUGGGUGGUCUGAUGGCCACAGUUGCUCAAAGAAACACCUUGCUCCAGCCUUCUUGGCUGCACAUUAGCAUGGAUGGUUGCCUCUUUCCCCCUUAGCUUCGUGCCUGGAGUCAGGCCCCAACUGGCUACUCCUGACUGGUCCUUGCCAUACUCAUUCUUUUAUUUCUUUUUCUCCUAUUCAGUCCAAAAGGAAAUUUGGGGUGCCUGCUUUGUAAGAGGCAAGGAAGUGGCUAGGUAGAUGCUACACAAGAUGACUGUGUAAAGCUUUUCCAUAUAAGUUGUUACCCAGUUCUCAUGGCAACUCUGCAAAGUGGGCAGUGCCUUUUACAGACAAUAGCUGAGGACAGUUUAGUGAUAUGGCCAAGGAAACCUAGCUAGAAAAAGUUCCCAGUUCUUGCAAAAUCAAUGCAUUUUCCUACUUUGCUAAACAUUUUACUGAGCAUUUCUGCAGGCAGGCCCUUCACCUUCCUAUAUGUUCCUCCUCCUGACCCAGUAAGAUAGACACUAUUCUAGUUUGAUGGAUGAGAGAACAGGCCCAGAGGUAACCAAUCUACAAAUGGUCACAAAACUAAUAAAGCAGCAGAUCUAGACUUUAAACUUUCUAAUUCUCGGGUGCCUCCCUGAGUGGAACGGGAGAGGAUAUGGUGGGAUGUUUUCUGAGACCAGAGAUGGCCAUUUCCUACUUCCUCAUUCACGGACCCCUCCUUGAGGACAGUCUGAAGUCGGCCUGUCAAAUGAAAAGAUGUACGUCAGAGUGGUGUGAAGGCAGUAGCAGGAGGGUGGGCCUGUGGUCAGUUCCCUUCCAGCCACAGGCCGCAUCCUUGAGCGGCCAUCAUCCACUCUAACAUCCUGGUUAGAACUUCGUAAAGAGCUUGCGCCUCCACUCUGGCUCCCUCAGCUCUCCACACCAAGUGCUCAAGGAGUUCAACCUCAAACCAGCCCUCCCCUGGGGAAAGGGCGAACCUGAGCCCAGGUGUGCUCAAGCUGGUGAGGCCCCAGAAAAGGCUGCGUUGUCAGUGAAAUCAUGAUUUUGUGUUAAAAGCAUCUCUCUCCAGGAUUGCUAAGCCCCCUAACAGGGAGAUAGUGAGUGCAUGUGGUUAUUUAGAUUCUAAUAAACUGAGGUUUUAUUAAUUUAAACUUUAAUGACUAAAGUUAAACAUACCAAUUAAAGGCAGUUCUGUCAGAGAUUCUUUAUCCCAGCUGAGUGAUUCUCAAGUUUAGGGUGUGCAUCAGAAUCACCUGGGGGGCUUGUGAAAACAGGUUGCUGGUCCUCCAUCAUGGAGUUUCUGAUUCAGUAGGUCUGAGAUGGGGCCUGAGAAUUUGCACAUCUAAUAAAUUCCCAGAAGAUGCUGGGGCUGCUGGCCUGGGGACCAGGCUUGAAGAACCACUAUCCAGACCCUGCUGCACAAAGUGUGGUCCCCAGACCAGCAACAUGGGCAGCGCCUGGGAGUUAUCAGCAAUGCAGAAUCUUGAACCCCACCCAGACCCACCAAACCAGAAUCUGCUGUUUCACCAGAUCCCCAGAGGAUUCCUAUACACAUGAAAUGUUGGGACACAUCACCCCAAGGCAGUCCUUCCCAUACUUGCCAAUCAAAGGAAUCUCUUGGCAUGUUUAAGAUUCAGAUUCCUGGGCUGCUCCUCUGGUUACUUGGAUUCAGAAGAUGUGGGAGGAUCCUAGACUAACAAGCUCCUCAGGUGGUUAUUAUUACCUGAUCACAUGGCAAGCAUGGGGACCCCCUUCUCAUUUAUUUUGGUUCUGUGUUCCUUGGAUCAGACCAAGCCACAAAGCCAGGAUCAUGACGAGGCAGCUGCUUCUCCCCCACAAACAGGAACUUGGGGAAGGUGGCUCCUCGAUGUUCUGUGGUGCCGUCAGAGGAAACGGGUGGCUGUGAGAACCACAGAGCCUGCAGAUGCGAGCCGGGAGCCCCAAGGACCCUGCAACAGAGCUCAGAGAACCCUGGGCCUGCUUCCCCACCUGGCCGUGCUUGGGAAGACUGCCUAGUUGGAGGUCUCUAAGGAGCACGGGGCUUCUGUCCCAUCCCAGGGGUACAGACUGCUGACCACAGGCAGGAGCAGAACUAUCCAAAGCAAUACUGAGAGCCUCUCCAUGAAGAUUCUUCCAGACUGAGAGAAUUCUGGAUGGCAUAGGACUAAGAACUUCCAGCAGCAUCCUCCCAAGGCCCUAACCUCUCCAGCUAAAGCAUGCAUCUUAGCCGCGCCCUCGCCCCAAGCCUCUGAUGGCAGGAAACCAAUUUCUCUUGGCAAUGUGCUUCUGAGUAUUCUGCUGAAGAACGAUGGGAAGUCAGCCCAGCAGGGGGAAGACCAUGCUAAGCCCAGGCUCCAGCCCUUCUGUGGGAGGCCCGGGUCCUGAGCCCAUGCAAGCAGAGAGAAGCAAGGCCACCGCUGUGGCCUUGAGCAGUUUCCCGGUAGGCCAGCAGGCAGAGCUGUCGCUGAGGCUGGGGGAGCCACUGACCAUCGUCUCUGAGGAUGGAGACUGGUUUACGGUGCUGUCGGAAGUCUCAGGCAGAGAGUUCAGCAUCCCCAGCAUCCACGUGGCCAAAAUCUCCCACGGGUGGCUGUAUGAGGGCCUGAGCCGGGAGAAAGCAGAGGAACUGCUGCUGCUGCCUGGAAACCCCGGAGGGGCCUUCCUGAUCCGGGAGAGCCAGACCAGGAGAGGCUGUUACUCCCUGUCGGUCCGCCUCAGCCGCCCUGCAUCCUGGGACCGCAUCAGACACUACAGGAUCCAGCGCCUUGACAAUGGCUGGCUGUACAUCUCACCGCGCCUCACUUUUCCCUCGCUCCAGGCCCUGGUGGACCACUACUCUGAGCUGGCAGAUGACAUCUGCUGCCUCCUCAAGGAGCCCUGUGCCCUGCGGAGGGCUGGCCCACUCCCUGGCAAGGCCAUACCCCUACCUGUGACUGUGCAGAGGACACCACUCAACUGGGAAGAGCUGGACAGCUCCCUCCUGUUUUCUGAAGCAUCUGCCACAGGAGAGGAGUCCCUCCUCAGUGAGGGGCUCCGGGAGGCCCUUAGUUCCUACCUCAGCCUGACUGAUGACAUCUCCUUGGACGAUGCCAAGGACCGAAGCAGAGGCCGAAAGGGGAACCAAGGCUGUAGCACCUAGAACCCUAACUCAGCCCAGCCUGACUGAGCACCCCAGAGGCAAGGCUGCACACUGAGUGAGGGGAGGGCUGGACAUGGACACACCCCAGGUCCACCUGUAUCCUCUGUUCCUUGCUCUCUCAGCCAUAAGAAAUCACUUAACCUCCUCCCAGUGCCAUGACCCUGCCUACAACCUCUAGUUCAAGUACAGGCCAGUUAAGAACAGGGUCAGGGCUCCAAAAAGAGACUAAACCUCUGGGGUCUGACCCAGUCAGUUCCUAAGUUUGAGAUUUCCAAUACCAUCUUCCACCCCUUGCCUAAGUCUCAUUCUACAUCCCCAUACCCCUACCCACAAGGUAGAAAACCACCGCUAGUAUCAAGGAGGAAAAAAAAAAUCAUUUAAAGAAAAUUUACCAGUCUCACUCAGAAUGCCACCACACCUCAAAAGGUAGGACUGCAGCCUAGAAGGGAGAGGAAGCAGAGGGGAUGGGUGACUUACCACAGCAGCAGGAACUGGGCUGUCCCGCUUCCACCUGACCACAGAGUAGGACCUCCUACAGUCCAGGUCCUUGAUGUCCCUUCCCCAUUAAGCCCCUUUUCUGGACAGUCCUAGGUCUCAGCUUUCAUUUUGUGGCUUAUCAUUGGAACGUGACUAAGCUUUCCUGGCUACAACAGCCUUGCCACCUUGUGGCCAAAUGCAAAAUGACACCAUUUGAGUCUAGCACUGCAGUGAGAUCAGUCACAUUUCUCAGUGCUGGGCAGGAGCAUCAGGGCAGCACCGAAGGUGGUAAGCCUCUCUCCACAAAGAUAAGGCCACAGCCUAUAACAACUCCAGCCCUUGAUUUCCUUGCUGCCCCUGAAGGGAAAGAGGCCUGGCUGGUGCUGGUUAAGGGAGCAGGGAGAGGAAGGAGAGGGAAGAAGGAUGGGAAGCACCACCUCUAGUGCGCCUACUCGGUUCUAAAGCUAGAGGUUAGGUGGGAAAGGCUUUAUCAUGGACCAUCAACAGGGUCUCAAUUAAAGAUCUGAUUUAUUCAAGUAUCUGAAAACAUUCUACAAUGAAAACUGUUAUUAGAAGCUGCUUAUACUGUGCUAUGGACCACUCACAUAUUGCCAUACUGUUUUCAGAAGACUUGAAAUGCCAAUGAUAGUUUAAAAACUGUACACCUGAUGGAGAAGGAAGACAAUUUAAUGUUUCAUCCGGAUCCAGAGGUGCAUCAAAUUAAAGGACAGCUCCAAUCUGCAAACAAUGUUUCAUGAUGGUAUCCAAGAAGAAAUGGUUGGUGAUAGACAAUUCAGAAAUGCUUCCCCAAAAGGCGGAUGGUUCUUUAAAAAGUUUCAGGUCACAACCUUUGCAGAAAACACCUGACGCCCAACACACUGAUUCUUGGUCCAGGAAACAUGGGUCUUCCAAGUUCCAUGUGGCUGGGUGCCCUGGCAAUCAUGUUUCUGUGCUGUAACUAAGAGGCCCCUUUGGAGCAGCAGGGGCUGUACAUCAUCAGUCAUAGUGGAUGGCAGUGUAAAAGAUGAUCCAAAUGACCUAGA